GAAAGAACCAAGAAUAUGAAUCCCUGCAGUCACGAAAGUUUUAAAUCAAAAUUCAUCAGUCAGUGUCAACUUUUCUGGGUAAUAAUUUUCUGAAAGUGUCUAUUGAGGCCUGCAGUAUUGCUCAGAUGUAGGCCGAGUUACAAUUACGACAUGGGCAAUUAAACAGCCUUUGUCAAACCACAUCACCUUCCUCCUAAGCGUCUCGUAGCCAAAAUAUAAAGAAAGCAUUACGGUGUCGGUGUACACGCUGUUAUUAGUGCGGUACCACAGAUUUUUAGUGACUUUCCAGUCAAUCUCAGUGUUACAAAACAUCAAUAUUCCCUUAAUUCAUGUGAAAUCCAGUAGCCUGUUGCAUUAAACACUUUUUGUAUUGAAUUGCACCACUUUAAACGUCAGGCUAAGGAAUAUAUGCACAAUGAAUUUAAUGCAACCAGCCGUUGGGGCCUUAAUACAUUUCCUAAGUACGUACAAUAAAUGCACAUGUGCAGUCAGCAGAAUCGAUCUACCCGAUGGUGAUGAUUCGGUCCUCGCCAUCCAGGUUGUAUUCUGAUUUAUGUUUACUUCAUUGCUGUACCGUUUUUUUAACUUAUUUUGCUUUAGUCGUUUUGGUGACCCGGGUCACUCGUGCGUUCUGACCCGGUGACAAGUGAACGUAACUUGACCAUCUAUCCACUGCUGGAGGAGGGCUUCCUCAAGUUGUUGCCAUACCUCAUGGUCACGGCAAUGCUCGCGAGCCGUGAUGACGGCUCGUGCUCGCGAACCGAUCUCGUAGCGCCACCACCUCAAUUUGGACGUCCACUUAGUCGUGUUUACUUCCUUUUGCUGCCAUUUAUUUACCCCGUCCACCAACCAUCAUCCCUUCUAGCGGCAGCCAAUGUCGUUUCUUCACAUUACCAAAAUGAAAUGUUUUCCUGCGCUGUUUUGAAAAAAUAUGUAUGCUUAUGUAAUUGAACAUCAGUAUUGUUGGGUACAAGUUGGAGGAUUAUGCUGCUAAACAGGUCUUAAAUAUGUGUAUGAGUGUAAAUAAUAUCGACCACGUGCAACCGUUUGGUUUUGGCAUUCACACGGAUGCUUGGAGCAUCUACGUCUUGCUUUGCGGGCACAGGCACAGCACCUACUGCACAGAGCAAUGCGCGCGGUGAGAGAAAUCCCUUCGCCGGGUGUCGUUUUGUGUCCGACUUGUUAAUUCUGCUCACCGCCGGGCAGCAGAUUGCCACUUGGAACUAACAACGUAAUUGAAGCAAAUACCAUGAAGUACAAAUGGAUGCUGCAGAAAUUGCCUGCAGAAGCAGCUUAAUUUACUCGAGAUAUAACCGCAGUCCCAGACAUGAACGUUUUGAAAUUUCCUCCGCCGAAGCGGGCGAGCGCCGUUCGCAAACGUAUGCACCACUCGCAUUCUGCUCCCGAACGUGUGGCCCUAAUGGCCCUGCCGUGUCUCUGCCGUUUGGCUCUUCCACUCGGUGCUGACGGCUCCCCUUGCUGAGCCGUUCACGGUGCCCCGAUGCUAGCCGGCACGUCUCGCCGCGUCUUCGUCCCUGCCCGAGAUGCCCGUGUUAAGUUAUUUUUGUCUAAAAAUAAUGGGCUUGCUGUGUUGCCGCCAGCAGCAUCUGUUGUCUGGAUUGUGGUUAGUGGCUGGGCAGCAGCAACAUCAUCAGCAGCACCAACAGCAAAACUAUGGCCUUCCCAAAGAAACAUGCUGCGAUUUCACGCUUCAUUAUUCCGUGCAGAUUUUAUUGGCUCGUGUGCAAUGCUUGGGGAGGACAAAGAUGUUGGCUUAGGAGAGUUGGGGUCUGCGACUAGGCCUGAACGAAAUAAACCCCCCCUCCCCUCUUUAUUAACGUUAUUACCAUGAAACCGGCAGUUAUGACAUCUGCCGCAAAUCUCCGAGAGAAUGUCAGCCUCUCUGAGCAUUGCGCGUGUGCCCGCGCUUGUACGAGCGCCGUCCACGCGUACAAGCCUGCCGGAUGGGAUCACAGGAGCAUGUAGAAAGAUUUAACCUGUGGAUUCACAUUUUAUUGCCCUUAUGAUUGAAUUUCAGUCACACAUAAAGCAAGUUGGCUCAGUAUUGCUCGGUGGCAUCCCUGGUUAUUUAUGGUCCAUUUCCCCCCCCCCCCCCCGUACUGCCUUUAAUUUACUGAAGACCACGAAGCGCUUGCUGCAAUAAAUAUUUACUGUGCGUGAGUGAGGCUGGCAGAAAUUACAAGGCCGUGCCAAAUACAGCAAGUACGCUUCCUUGGCAUUUACAACUUUUACAUUGCAUUUGUUCCUUUCAACCAACUUUGGUUAGCACCGUCGUUUGAUGCUCUUUAAAACCCAACAAAUUUUCCUUUUUUGCCCCGGACACUUAAUGUCCGUUUGUCGGUAUCAGCCUGGUGCAUGUUUUAGUAGUCCAUUUGCUCAUGCAUUGAUUAGCUUACGUACUCAUUCACAUAUAUAUCGGAUGUACUCAAUAGGCGAGUGCCGCCUGGAUUUGAGUUCAUUACGGCAGGUUUGUUGGUAAAUAUGCCGCACGUACCGAAUAGCGUCAAGGAUUUUUUUUAAUCUUCUAAGGCGUCAACGAGUAGGGUUAGCGAGUGAUGAGCCCGCACAACCACGUUCUUAAGUUCAGUGAGUUUAUGGUCUCUGCCCAGUCGCCAACAACGGCAUGAAAGAGCCCAACAUGUAAUGUUUUAUAUUGUCCAGCUACCUGUGAUGGGCUACCAUUAUUUUUUAUAACAGGGAACGUGGGAAAGUGCAAUGCCUAUGUCAUUAAAGCAAGAGGUCACGUGAAUGGAUCUCAGUAUGUACGUAUGUAUGUUGAACUCCUUUCACACCGUACGUAGCCAACCGUGCCAAUUGGAGGUCUGGAUAGGUGCAUGGUGUCUCUUCCACGGACCAUUCUGUAACACACAACGUCCAUGUUGCCAUCAAAUUGAGAAAAAAGGGGGGGGGAAUAAUACAUUUCAGGCAACUUUCUCACAAGUAAUGUUAUUUAUAAUGUUAUUUUGAAACCGUACGGACAUUUUAAAAAAUGGGAUUUCUCCUUGAUCAACUUGCGUACAUCAUAUUUCUGCAUUUCGCUUUUAAAAAAGUGUAACCUCCACUUUAAGAGUUCAGGGAGGAGUGGAUUGGUCUAGGGGCAUUUGAAAGCUAAUUAAAUGUGGUGUUGUGAAGGCUUCGGGCUGUUCUAUCCCGUUGCUCACUCCGAAUGGCUUGCACACCCGAAUCUGAACGUGCGCGAGCAUCGUGCGCUUGUGCAGUCAUUUAUGCUAUCGCUUAGAUUUCACCAACCAUGGCAAUCGUUAAUUAUUUAGUAAUUUGACUUGAUGCAGUUUUUUUUUCGUCAUCCGAAUGCUACGCAUUUGUCAUGCCGUUUUACACUUGGCUCGCAUCGGCGACACGUGCUGCAUGCAGAAUCAUCCCAUAAAUGAGAUGUUGCCUCCUAGUUGCGCAUCACGAAAAAAAGGGGUUUAUAUAAUAAUAAAAAAUAUGAGUAGUAAUCGGUGUCAAGCAGAUGGCGGGGCUUUCUGCGCACGAGCAGAGGAGGCAUCCCAAAUGCGCAGUGUGCCGUGUGGCAAACGCGCAAGCAGCGCAUCGUAAUGUAUCCCAUUCCUUUGACAUUUAAAUGUUUGAAUAAACGGGUCGCUGUUAACAGACAUUGCUGCGCACGCCUUGGUAACGUUGCCUGCGUGCCAACGCAAUUCCACCCUUUUUGGGGUUUACGCACGCCGAAGACCAGUGGCACGGACGUUGCGUCCCUCACUUCUUGAAACGGAAAUACGUCGCUUCGAGAUUAUUCCUGGCGUGAAAAUAUGAAGUGAGCAAGGAAUGGCGGAGUGUAGCAGACGGCGUCCCCCAAAGUGUUAGCGCAGCUUAUUAGUAGCAAUUCGUAUAAACGUCAAUCAUUCUCGCGUGGUGCGCGCCGUGUUAACCCCUUCCAGUCUUUUACGCUGUGCGGUUUACAUUUUUCGCAAGGGUCUUCACCACCAAACCACGUCUUCUUGAACUCCAAGCGGUUUCAAUUAAAAGGUUAUUUUAAACGAGUGGAAAUGCACGUGCAAGUUCCCCUCGAUUAGCCGUGUAUUUUAAGUGCUCACGCUAUCGGUGCUUCCAUCGAGCCGCCAGCGGGGAACUACUUUCACGACGGAGGCGGGGGGGGGGGGGGGAGAGGUCCUCUCUGUUGACGAGAUGAUCGCUCUUCCACGGCGAAAGCGGUCCACGUUGCCUGGAGACGGCGCGCCGGUGACUCAUGCCAGUCACAAACGAUGACCAGGGCGCCGCUAGCUGGUUAGGGUGUCGAACCCGAGAGAGCAAGCCUCCGAGGCGCACUUGCAGACCCAUUUGGCACCAUUUCAUCGCCUGCCGUUGUGGAGAGAAGGCUUUCACAAGGCACUCAGCCCGUUGAAGAGACCGCUUUGACUGCAUGCCUGCAGCUUCUUGUACAAUAGAACAGGGGCCACUUUACUGGUUUUAAUGAUGCACACAAGAAGAGGAUCAUGUACGACCUGGUCCCUACUUGAAAAAAAAAACACCCCCUGCCAUUGUCUUUCCUGUAGCAUGAUCAAACGUCACGCUAUCAUAUGGAACAUCCAUCCCUUGUCUCUGAUGCAGAUGGAGCGUGCAUUGUUAAGCCUGCCAAAGCUUUGCAGCUUUGCAACAAGCAAUGCAGAAGUUGUGGGCCAUUGGGUAAUGACAGGGUUAUGGCUUUAGACCUUGGGUUCCAGUCGCUUGGUGAUCUCCAGGUCAUUUUUGAACAUGUGACGUGUUUGAGUAUUCUCACCCCUGGUUGGAAAUGAGGAUAAAAAAAAAUCUAAGUUUUAAAAAUGUAUGCGCAAAAUUUAAAAGGGUGUUUUAGCACCCGCAUUAUUAUUAUUGCAAUGUGACAACGAGUAGGACUCUGUGGCACUGGUUUAUUGGUUAUUACCAUUAUGUCGCAUUGCCUGGCUAUUGAAAACUAUCCAGUGGGUUGCUUCCAAACUGCCAGAAUGCUUCCAAUAUGUAGAUUGUUGAUUUGUUUUGCAUGUACAUUAUAAAUCUAUAUCGCACAGGGUUGAAGCACUGCUGGUGAACAAGAAAUUCAAGAUAAUUUAUUCAGCUGCAAAGGGCCAAUACCUGGCCACGAGUGGGACUCCUCCCUUAUAUUUAAUCUCUGCUUUCAACUCUCUCGUAUUGCCAGAGCCACCAAAUGUUGAUGACUAUAAAUAAUCUCGAUGUUAAUAUAUUUUGUCACAAACUAAGAGAUGUGCGGCGCUCAACCGUGCAUUGUUUCUGUUCUCACGUAUUUUCAUGCUUUUGUCUUUGGUAACCUCUUUGUCGUAGUGCCGAUGUGGUUUGAAGCAUGAAAAUAGGUUGCCGAGCCAAUCCAGUUGCAAUCCUUCUGACUGUUCCGUGUAAAUAAAAAAAUGAUAAAUGCAAAAAUAAUAUUUGUUUAUUUGUUAUGAGUUUAGUGCCUGCAGGUGUCUUCAAAAGGUUUGGCAAAAGGUUUUCACCUUAUCUCAGAAAUUACUUGCAACAGAUACCAGACAACGGUUCAAAAGGUUAUCCACGGGGCGAUUGUUCAGUGACCUCACAAUGCCACGCGCGUUCCUCUGUCCGGCAUUACCUCCUAAUUGGGUGUUCCUGUUUUGAUGCUGUUAGAUAGGGUGGGGGGGCACGCAGGCCGAACACAAUAUGGUUACUUGCUCAGGAUAUGAGGCUUGUAGGCUGUGUUCCAGAAAACAUUUCCACGUCGUGUCGUUUUGUUGAUUCCCCUUUGCAUGUUUGUUGUUGCUGCAAGUGUGCUGGUCGACGGUGGGGCAUUUAAUUGGCAGGCGCUACAACUUUUUCCACCAACACCAUUCCUUGUAGAUUUGCAGACAGCUGUGGUGGCAUAUUCCAUUGUUUCUUUGCAAAUAUACUCUGGAUUUGUAAAUAAAAUAUGUUUUGACCAAUUAGGUGAGUUCCUUUGUUUUUUUAGGAAAGCGGCGGUAAGAGCAGAUAUGAAAGAGAGAGUUUGGUUAACUUGUCAGAAUUUUUAAUCUCUCUGAGCCGGUGACGAUUCAAAUGUGCACGUGCUGCCCCAAUGCCCAUGAAUGCUUUCAUCCUUCCAUCUGCCUGCUUGGAAAGGGAUGCCAAUUCACUGUGAUGGUGGUGGCGGCAUUUUCGCCCGAAAAAAUCGCACGGCCUUCACAGCGCACAGCCAUCAUUCAGUAUGUUUACACCCUGUCAUUUUAAGACAGUUUAUUUUCGCUUGCGCAUUGCCGCCUUGUUAAGCAGCAGUCGGGCUGCACUUCUUUGCGAACGGUCCCUGUGGUAUUCAGCUUUUAAGUUAAUGGGAGCAGCAGCAACAAUUAAGUAAUUAAAUAAAUACUGCAUGAAGCUAUUUUGAUGGUCACUUGACCGGAGAAGCUGAUGCUGGCCCUAACUUGGCACGGCCACUUUACGCUCAUUAGUUUAAUCCUUGGGGACCGGGAAAUGCGCAAUGCACAGCUUGUUUCUCUGAUCCACAGAACUCGGUGAAAUUCAUUAAGAUGGUUUAUGUAAAAAUGUUGUGAAAUUUAAAUAAUACGAUUCACCACAUUUGUAAGAACAGACGCUUUUUUUUUUCUUAACGUUGACAUAUUCUGUCGCUUGGAAAUGGCUGGCUGCACACAAAAUUUAUCAACAUUCAUGAGAAGGUCGCAGGGUUUUUUUUCACAAGGGUUAAGAAGAGCUUUGGAAGGAAAUUGUAUCGGCGGGAUGAUAUUAGCUGAACACAGAUUGAGUGAAUUUGUAAAGUACCUCGACAUUAUUUCCCAUGUGCUCACUUUGCUUCGCAUAUUCACAGCCGGUUUGAGCACAGACCAGACGGCGCAUUGAGCUCAUCGGUUGUCCUGAGGUGGCUAAGUCACUUAAUGUCUUGUCGAGGCUGUGUGCGGGGAGAGAACAAAAUUAAUCGCAAAGGGUAGUGAUUAAACCUUUCUUGCCAAGCUUCAUUUGCCCGCCACAAGCUCUACGCUGAAGCCGUGAGAUUUUGGCCACUGCAACGGAAAUGGCUUCUCCCCCAAACUCUUGUGCCAUCACUGCUCUGUGAAAGCGGCUUUGACCGAGCUAAAAGCUUAUACAAAAUAAUGGAUUUUCUGUUCUCCCUACCCCAGCCGAGCUCAACUGAGUUUAGUGCCAUGCUCUUGAAGGUUUUUGAAUACAACUAGUUCAAAGUCAAUAGUUUGGAAAGUAAACAAGCUUUGCUGUGAAGAGAUGUCUUCGUCUGAAUGUUUAAAUUGCCCGCACGAUACACAACGAUCGGUGUGCGGCAACUUUAGUCUAAUGUUGAACGCGCAACCACUGUCGCAAUCUCGUGUUUUCCUUUUGCCGUGUUUGGCACUAGGCCAGCCGUAAGUCGGUUGAUUCGGUAAAAGGCUUGCCUUGGCCACUGUGGGUCAUUGUUUUUUUCGUGUACCCUAAACAUUCGUGCUUCCAGGCGAGCAGUGUGGCCUGUGGCGUGUGAUGCCUGUGGCUGGUUUGAUGCUCCGUUGCCUUUUAUGCACCUCUGGGGAGAAGCGAUGGUGUGAUAUUUCAACUUGUUACUGUGAGUAAGAACGGCAGCAGACGCUGCCCGUUCUGCGAAAUCACAGCAAUGUCUCGCUGAUUGCAAAGUGAGCCACUUACGCCGUGGUCUGGCUAGUUCAUAAAACGAGGAAGAAAAAUCAUGCACAUGUAUGGAUCCUAUUAAUGCUUUUCAACAUGCGGUUGUCCUCAGAGGGAGGUAUUUAAAUUGGAAUAAAAAAACGCUACUUUACGAUCCGCACUUGAGGACGGCACACGCGUGGCAUGUGAAGACGCGAGAUGACAUCACGCAAUAACGACACGGGGAGGCGAUGCGCGCAAAAUGGCAUGUAACUUCAUCGUCUUGGUCGAAAAGGCUUAACUACUUCUUGCCGGUUUUUAAUCGGUGAGCUUUGGGCAACACUUUGAUCCGUUUGACCGGCUUUCAAUCACGUUUAGUCCUCAAUCGCAACGCAAAUGUAUACUAAAACCUAAUUUAUAUUGGAUCACCUUUACGAGAAUGAUCGUGUGCCCCUCCUGCUACAGACAGACCGACGGAGCUCCUGCUUAAACGUAUUCUACCCCAGUUGUAAAUCGUAAAAAAAUAACAUCCAUGGUUCAUUUUUCUUAACUGCCUUACGGUGCCGUGCGCAGUUGUUCAUCCUUGCAGUGGUUCAUGCUGUGCGCUGAUACCUUUAAUGUAAAUUGUACAAGAAACCAUCAAUCGUUCAAUUAACUGCAUCGGACAUACCUGGCAGUGCACCGUCUGCGAGACCUGUGCUGCAAUUCUCAAUUUUUUAUCAGAUUUUUAUUGCCAAGCUUCUCCACGUGUGCGUGUGUGCACAUACAGAGCAGUUCAUAUAUACCUAUAAUACUGUACUCGUUCGCUACGUAGCUAUCUAAAGCAUAUGCGCACUUGGAGAAGAGCAGGCAACUGGAAUUGCCAUCUCUCCUUUCGCUCUGCGACAGUAAACAAAUCCCCUUGUUAUUUCUAAUUGGUUUGUUAUUCUUUGUGUACGUUCAGUAAAACAGCAGAAUAAUACUUCGUGUUAUAAUGUGAGGGGGGAAGCAGUUGUGCUGUAGUGGCUAGCGUGCGGCACCGUGAACCCAGCAUACAGGAGGGCUGAUACCGACCCGCUGCUUAAAUCGGUGGCUGACAUCGGAGUGAUAUCUGCACGGGUCCUGGCCAUCCUCCCAUCACCAACCCGCACUGCCCAGCAUGCUGAAGUCCCGUCAAACAACCCCUGGGGCUGACACGGUGUGCGGAGGCCUUAAUUCAGGUGGAAUUGACAAAAGGCUGUGAAAUUAUUGUUUUUGUUAUUAUCGUUCAUAUAAAUUAUUCAACUAAAUUUUAAAAAAAUACCAGGUGAAGAAGCGAUCUGGCUGCCACAGAUGUUAGCACAACAAAGUGGUUUGUCAUGUGGAUAUUCAUAGCAGCCAAAUACUCUAAACCCAUGUCUCGAAAUGUGGAGGGAAAAACCGGAGAACCUGGAUAAAUAUCCACACGACCAGCGAGAGAGAACAUGCAAACUCCAAAUAUACAGCAGGAGUCAGGGUUGUUCUCGAACCCAUGUCCUCCUGCAUACCACGAGUGGUAGUUAACGUCUCGGCACCCUAUGCCCAUGAGGUGAACCGCAUAUGCCAUUGUUCUACAUUAUAUCUAAUUUAGAGCUGUUGUUUCUGUAAAAUAUGCUUCAAAUUAUUGUUAGCCAUGCUCAGUCCACUGCUGAGUGAUGGCCUACUGAAGGCACCACCGCAUCUUCGCAGUGCUUUGUGUAGAUCCAAGUAACUCUCGGCGGUGAUCUUCAGGGGUUGCGUGCAUUUGUGUGGCCUCGUGAGAGCUUGUUUACUUUCAGUUGUUGCUUGAAUAUUUGUUUGUGGUGCCUAAUGCCGUUACUAACGAGUACUAUUGGACGGUAACGAAUUCGUUUUGUUUUUAGUCGAUGCGGCGUUGGGGACUGCAUUCUCGGUCGCAAUCGAUGCAAUUAUACAACCCUCCGGUAAUAAAUAGCUCUGGUGGAAUACUAAACUCUACAGUUCAAUAGCUUAAUUUGAAAAUUAGCCAUUACCCACAUGAAAUGGUGAAGCAGAGCAAUAUUUGAAAACGGUGAUUGUUGCAUGGUGUUGAGUUAAAUUGGUGCUGUGUGCGCGCAUCCCUUCUUUUGAACUCGGGGACGAUGGCGAAUGAACCACGCGGUGACCUGACGCCACCAUGCUGUUUGUUCGUUCGUUCGCACGCACGCCAAUCGCACGCCAAUCGCACGCCAAUCGGUGCGUUCCGUUGAAAGCGAACAUCCGGUCCGUGAUUUGCAGAACCGGUCAUCGCUUCUGACAGCGGUGUCCGGGUUUCAGUUAUCGUUUAACAACAUUCGCGUAUAAGUUUAUGCAGUUUGUCCACGACAACGUAAUUAAGCUUCAUAUUGAAUGUUUGUUUGUUAAUUUGUCUGCGUUCAAUAUGUUAUGGUUGUUAAUAGUUUCAAUACGAAACUACAGAUGUUUAAAGAACCAAUAAAGCAUCUCUCAUAUCAAUUCAAUUACUGGAACGCGCAGCAAAAUUUCAUAAUCUCGUUUGAGUCACAAGCUGGGUGUCUGCAAAGUCGCGUGUCAUAGAUUCAGGUUACAUCUGGCGCGUAAAAUGAAUACAAUGAAAUGAGUAACAUUGAUUUAACUUAAUAGCCUUACACAGAUUCAGGACAUUGGUCAUUAUUUGACCUGUAGUCUUCUGGAGGAGCUGGUAUUGAUGGUGAUUUUGUGAAACAUCCGUGUGUGUCUGUGUGCAUAGAUGACCCGCAGAAUAGCCGUCAGAGCGCUGUCCGCUAAACCAGCUUGAGAGGGGUCCAAGGUUCGAUUUGCGCGUUGGGCUUUCACUUGGUUAACUAAAGGACACUCAAUCGCUGAUGGAAUAACUCAUAUGCUGACCCUACGGUGCCCUUCUUAAAAUGUUGUUUCAGCAAAGGGCAUUACGGGUAGUCAAAUUAGAUUUCCUUCAGCCAUAAAGGGAUCUUGACUGUCUUGUUGACUAACUCUGCAGUUUUCAUUCUGCUGGUCAGUCGGAAGAAAUGUUGACACAGCACCGAACAGAACAAAUUUGUUGGGCAUUUGUGGCCACCCCCUCUGCUUUGAUGAGAAGCCGUCAUAAAAUAACCCUCGCAGGUAUAUGGACAGCCUGCCAAAGCUUGUCACCGUAUUUGUCACCGUUGAUUUAUCGAUUCAGAAACUUUUAUGCUCAGAUCUCGGUGGCAAAGCAAUGCUGUCACUUAAUGUAUCAGAUUGCCGGGAGGCUCUCCCUUCCCAGGAAGAGUUUAUUGGCACACUUCUCGGCGUGCGAUGUGCCGGCGCCGUGCGUUGGGGCGGGGUGUGCGCACGCUCUCCCCAGCUUUGUCCUUGUGCCGGCCGCUCGGCAGCUCAAGGACCCCAACGCCAGCCAGCGGCCUCUCUUUAUCCUCGUAUGCCGCCGCUAAAUUACCACGGCCCUGGGUCCAGCCGAAGCCACUGCCAAAUUACCAUGGUAAUAGCUUUACCUCCCAACUAUCGUUAAAUUACCUUGUUGAUUGUUUUACCCCCCUGACUAACGCUAAUUUGCCAUGGUAAUUGUUUUUUUUAUUUCCAUCGACUGCUGUUGAAUUGCUGUGGAAUUGUUGGCGGUCGCUGGAGCGUGGGGAGGGGCAGGCUUUGUGGUGACCGGAAUUGCAGAUAUUAUUCACAUGAAGAAACUCAAUUUGUUUUUCUGCUUCUCUUAAAAAUUUAUCCACAAUGUGGGAAUGGACUUGUGAAAGGGGGUGAAUUCCUUGGACAAGAGCGAUAUUUUUUGUUAAUCAAAAACAGAGCACUGAUAAACAACGCUGGGCGAGGUUUGUUGUAGAUUUUCUCGAUAUUAAUGGGUCUCCUUUUCAACUGGUACGUGGUAAUUCUCUUUUGAUUACAAUGUCAAGAUUGCAAGGGUUGCUCGACAGAUAAAUAUCUCAUGUAAUUUUUGCGUGCCGUGCAUGUAUAAGGAAUCGGAGUGAGACAUUGCACAACAAUGCAAUUUGGAUUUAUAAAGCAUCUAAAUGCAAACAUUUCUCAGGCCCUUGUACUUUUGUCAGGGUGGGAGGCGGGGGGCGGAGAUGCACGUGUCGGAUUUAUUGAAAGAGGUAAUUUUUGGUGGAUUGUGGAGGGUGUCGUGCUGGAUACAAGGUUAAGAGGUGGACAUGAAAUGACACCGCGAUGCAAUAGAGGCAAGAAUGAAUGCACCGGGUCGGGAGAGGCAGCCGUGAGUGGAGGAAAACAGAGGAGGAUUUGACCCUGGACUUAAAUAAGGCGAGAGAGUCAACAAUGCAAUCAGAGGGUGGUGGGGGGUGGGAGGGCAGUUGCAGACAGCAGAGGAGAAGGGGAGCAAUCUCUCAUUGGGAAGAGGUUGAUGAUGAGGGGUGUCGAACCGGCAGCGUGACCGUCGCCCAAUGGCUGUCGUCGUGAAGGAGACAAUUAUUUGCCUUUGUGCGAUGGUGCGCGUUUUAAGAGCCGCGUCUCGUCUUUGCAAACUUUGACUGAUUGACAGGAUAAUAUGGUUUUUGUAAUUGCAUUCCAGUUAAAGAACAAAGCCAGAAAAUGAACCGUGAAUAAAAUGAGAGCUUUAUAUGAUCUGAGCUUCUCGCAGUGAAUGUUAAAGAGUAUGAAUGUUAACUUCUGGAUUUUGGUGACGCGGGGGAAGGACACGUUAAAUAUUGCAUUGACUUCUGCAUCAAGGCAUAUGAAGAAUUAAUACGAUCUUUUUUCUUAUCUGACAGUGGUAGUUUCCAUAGGAUAAUAAUUGAAACGGUAUUUAAACUGAUAUGCCUAUUAUGUUUACCGGUCGGCUUUUGAACCGAGCGUAUCAGGCACCCCCGUAAAUGCACGCUGCCUCAGAACUGUCCUUUUGUGUUUACAAUUUUAUUCCCUUAAAUUGAUGGGUAAUAAGCAGCAAUCGACUAAAAGCAUUGUGCGACUGAUGGGGCUGAGAGCCACGAUAACGAGAGAAAAGUAAAUGUGGCGAUCCCUCCCGAGAGCUGGGAGGCGACUCAUUACUGGAGACUGACCGUGCGAUUGGAGAGCACAUCGGCCCAGAGGCUCCCUCCCCUUCCUCCCUCCCCCCUCCACCGCUCGCUCCUCAACGCGGCCCUCUCCAACGCCCACCCACCUUUUCAUUAGUCCCCACUUGACGUGUGCCUGCGUGCCAGCACGUGGCUCCGGCGCGUUCGGCCACGUUUCCCCCCGGCUUUUACGUUUGCUCUCCGUAAUGAGAAUUUACUCCGCCGGUAUUAGCGGGUGCCCGAUCGCCCCACUCCGUUAACGCCGCCGCCACCGUCCUCUUCCCCGGCCGCUGUCUCCGCCGGGGUCUGCGAUGAAUCGCGUCUAAUUGAAAUGCUGACGGGCUUCGUGGAAGCCUCGUUUUAGUAGGUUUCUGUCUUGGGCGAGCGUCUGGCUGUGUGGGUGGAAGGAGCCCUCUGUGCAGAUGUGCCCAGGAGCUUGGGUCGCCUUGACUCUGGUGUGCAGUCUUCACCCUUCCAACUGCCUUGUUGCUGGCUGUCUUGCGACCAAGCCAAAUCAAUUCCACCUUCGUUGGAUUUCUUGAUGAGUGACGCGCAGUCACAAUUCUCCAUGGACGCGCACGCCCGGGACGCUUUUGCCAUUUGAAAGCUUUAAGCAGCAACAAAUGCCUUUUUAAUGGCAACGCGCGCUUUACCGAUUCAGUCCUUUGAAUAGCCUCGGGACAAUAGCGUCGCAAAAAGAAAGCCUGGCGAACCGAGGAUCCGUUUUGCUCAUAGAGAGAGAGAGAGAGAGUCUGUCGUCGGGCGAUGAGACAUAUGACUUUCCAUAGCAGCCUUACGUCAAACUUGCGCCGGGCUGCCAGCACUCGGCACGCGGAUUCCUGCGCAGCACAGCCGUUGCUGUGGGAGCCGUGCUGCAGUUUAACCGCGAGCGCCGAGCGCGGAGCGCCGAGCGCGGAGCGCCGGACGCGUGCCGAGGCUCAAACGGCCACGCGCUGCCGGCAGCAAGCGGCAGCUUUCUCCAGCGCAGCCACUCCAUUGGCUCACUGGCAGCCUCGUCACCGAAGGGUUACCACAUUUAACACCUCCACGCAAGACGGCUGCAGCCGAGCUACGGUCUGUGUGAAAGAAGGAAGGGACGAGCAGAAGAGGAAGGGAAGGAGAGCGACAGAUUAGCCCAGACUUGGCUUAGAAGAAUGCGUGCGCCGCAUUUUGGCUUGGCCAGUGGAAGAGUGGCGAUGUUGAAUUCCUAGAGGAUUGGAUACUCACUUGCGUGUGAUGUGCGAUUCAUAUUCCCUGCUGUUCUUUGGUCCCGCGAGUCGUUAAAUACUGUCGGCACGACAACCCUCUUUACUCCUGGUGCUUUGUACAAAUCUAAGCCGUGUCUUCGUUCGGAAGACGUCCACUUCCUGUAUGGCUUGCUACUACCUUGUGAUCAGCUCUCCGCAUCUCAGCAAUGGACAUGUUCGGAACAUCAAAGGGGUUUUUCGUGGACCCCUCUGCAAAAAUGGCAGCUCAUCCUUGGAUUACGCCGAGAAGGAGAAGGCGAUUGCAAAGGCGCUCGAGGAUCUGAAGGCCAACUUUUACUGCGAGCUGUGCGAGAAGCAGUACUACAAGCACAAGGAGUUCGACAACCACAUCAACUCCUACGACCACGCGCACAAGCAGAGGCUGAAGGAGUUGAAGCAGCGGGAAUUUGCACGCAACGUCUCCUCGAGGUCGCACAAAGAUGACCGCAAGCAGGAGAAGGCCCUGCGCAGGCUGCACGAGCUGGCUGACCUACGCAAGCAGACGGAACGAUCUCCGGGCAGCACGUUCAAGACGCUGUCGGAGGGCGAGUCGGAGGACAUGUUCUUUGGCGCCGACGAGCUGGCCGAAAAAAUGGGCCUGUACGCCGAGUGCGCGACGGACUCGUCGCCUUGGGAGAAGGGCAGCGAGUCCCCGCACAGCAGCACCAACAGCCAGGGCGCCACCGCCAUCCAGCCCUUCGCGCCCAAGGGCGACGGCGACAGCCCCGCCACGGCCACGCAGAAGCUGGGCGUCUCCUUCUCCUUCUCCAAGAAGAAGGCUCCCUCCAAGCUCGAGUCCUCGGCCUCCGUGUUCAGCGAGAGCAACGAGGAGGUGGUGGAGUCCAAGGAGGUGACGCUGAGCUACAAGGGGAAGCUGACCUCACUGCCGGAAGGCGUGGUGCCCACGCCGAGCGAGGCCGAGGCCGAGGCCAAGGCCAAGGCCGAGGAGGAGGAGGAGAAGGAGAAGGCGGCCGCGGCGGCGGCGGCGGCGGCCGAGGCCGGCCGUCAGCGGCGCCGACCCAAAGAGCCGGAGAUGGCGACGGUGAUGGAGUACUACUACUACACCCCCCCGGCUCACUGCAGGGUGAAGCCCAAGUUCCCCUUCAUGAUAUUCUGCAAGUCGGCCGAGAAGGUGUUGGAUCACGACCUCGACCCGGAGGAAAAGAAAAAGGCCGAGGAGGAGGGCGACAACAAUAAAGCCGCGGCCGGCCAAGCCGGUGACGACCCCGGCGAGGCGGAAGAGAAACAGCAGGGGCCCGGUGACGCGCCGCAGGCUUCAGAAUCGCCGGCGGAAGGUAAAGAUGCCAGCCAGCCUCCGUUGGAGCGGCCUGAUGAAGAAACCGCAAGCACGGACGCCUUCACCACCGCCACCGCCGAGGACGACGUCAAGACCGAGACGGACGUCAAGGAUGAAGCGCACUGCUCCUCCUCCACCGCCACCGCUGCCACCACCUCCGCUGCCGCCGAAUCACCGGAGGCAGAUGCCGUGAAAGUGGAGAAGCCGCGCAAGGCGGCGGAGCCUUUUUUUUCAGUGCUGAGCCGAGAUGAAACGACCACCCUCCAGUGGCCUUCAGAGCUACUCCUGCACACAAAGACGGAGCCUUCCGUCUCGUACAGCUGUAACCCUUUAUAUUUCGAGUUUAAGCCGCGGCUCAGGCAGCUUAAGGGAAAAGUCGGUCCUGCGGUUCCGUCUGAAGGUUGCGAGCAGCCCGGCGAGCAGCCCAACCCGACGAAGGCCGAGGCGGAGGCUGACCGCGAAUGCAAAUCUGCGGAGGGGGCGGCGUCGGAGGGCGCCGCUGACGAGGCGGUCCGAGAAAGCGGCUCCUCCGCGACGGCGCUCCCCUCGCUGGACACGGCCGGGGAGCCCUCGGCGGCCAAAGGCGGCACCGCCACCCCAGAGGUCCGGGGCCUAGCACCGCCCGCGGCCUCCAAAGCGGCCAAAAAACACAAGAAGCACAAGAAGUCUGGCAAACAUUCGAAACGCAAAUCGAGCAAGCAGAAGGGGGGGAGCAAACCUGGCAAACCCGGCCCGUCAGAUAAAGAGCAGCAGGGCGCGGGGGUGGGGGCGGGGACGUCGGGGACGGCACCCGGGCUGCAACAGCGAUCGCUUAAAAGCAAACACAAGAAGAAGAAAACGACAGAAGAUAAGCCCGAGAAAGCGGCGGCAAAAGAAGAAAGUGCCAGAGCGGACAGCGGUGCGCAGGCGGAUGAAAAGGAGGCGACACAAAAGAGGCACAAACACAAAGAAGCGGGACAAGCCCAAACGAACGCUGACGAAAAAGGUAAGAAGGCAGAUCCCACGCCCCAGUGUUCAAGUGCCAAAACCCCGAGCAAGGAGAAGAGCGGCGACAGCCUCGAAGCGAAAACGCCCGACGGGCCCGGCACGAAGAAGUCAUCGCGCUCGAAGCCUAAGAAGAAAUCGCGGCACGGCAGCAAAGCGCCCGAGAGCGACGCCAGGGAGGGGCGCGCCGAGAAGAGGUCGCCGUCGUCCCGCCGCAGCGCCCCGCGCGGCGGAGACUCGGACAGCGAUCGCUCGCGCGGCGGCGGCGGCCGGAGGUCGGCCUCCAGACGGCGCCGCUCGAGCCACGGCUCGGACUCGUCGAGCAGCCGCGGCCGCAGCUACGACGGCAAGCGGUCGUCGGAGCGCGAGGGCUCGCGCCACCGGCGCCGCCGCCGCCGCCGCCGCCACUCCUCCAAGCGCAGCUACGAUGCGCACGAUGACUACAGUGGCUCCCAGCGCAGGGCAAAGCGGCGCAGGUAUUCGUCUUCGUCCGACGCGAGUUACCGCGGGAGAAGCCGCAGCAGGUCCGGGAGGAGCUACAGCCGGAGACGAAGCGGCAGCCGCGACCGCCGCCGGCGCGGCCGCGACGACAGCAGCAGCCGGAGCCGCAGCCGCAGUCGCAGCAGGCGCAGCAGCGCCAGGCGCUCGCGCUCGGGAGAGGGCAGCGGGCGCGGGCGACGCGGGGGGGGCAAGUGCCGGGACCGCUCGUUCGAGCGCGGCGCCAGGCGGAGGGGCGGCGACGACGACAGCAGCUCCGCGUCCCGCGAGCGAUCCUUCCGGAGCCGCUCGGGCAGCUCCCGCGCGGCGACGGCGUCGGCGGCGGCGGCGGCCUCGGCCAACCGCCCGGGCGCCUCGCGACGGGAGUGCAGCCGGCGCAACGACGACAAGAAGCCCGAGCCGCCGCAGGCCCCUCCGCCGCAGCGCUCCACGCAAGCCCAGAAAGAGAGCGUGGACACGGCGGAGCAGCGUCGCGAGACCACGCAGGAAGAGCGCAACCUGGCGACGGCCAAGCGGCUGCUGGAGCGCAUUCGCUCCAAGAGGCAGGAGCUGAACUCCCUGGACGGCGAGGGGGCCUUUGCCACCGCCACCAAGGUCGGGAUCAGGCUCAAGGACCCUCCGCAGGGUUUCUUUGGGCCCAAGCUUCCUCCCACCAUGGGGAACGUCGCCGUGCUGCCCAUGAUCGGAAAACUGCCCAUUUGCAAGCGACCGUGCUUCAAAAAAGACGGCGACAUGGACAUCUGCACAAUAUUUUCCGAUCCUGAAAAACCCACGUUGGAAUCUUUCCUUCCUUUCUCUCUAAGCGCACUCGAGGUCGAAGCACAACCGCCGUUCUCCGACGUGUCGCCCACGGUGACCGAAUUGACGCCCGGUAACGACACUUGCGCAGCUUCGAAGCAAGAGGAGCCUCCGAACGAUAACGCCACUGUGCAAGACACCUGCACCAACAUGGAUCUGGAACCCGUGGAACCGACGUCGCUCGCCGACAGUCAACCCCCACCGCAACUGCAUCUCCAGCUUCCACCUCAGCCCCAGGUGUCGCCACGGCCCCUACCGCAGCCUCAGCACCAGCCACACCAGCCCCAACAGCCCCAACACCAACACGAGCCCCAGCCACAGCCCUACUCCCAGUACCACCCCUGGCCACAGUCGAGCCCCAUCAUAUUUGAGGAACCCAAGAGCCCCACGGAGUCCCUGGCCUCGUCAGAGUCGUGCGAGAGCGAGCGCUCCCACGACCGCCGCCGAGCCAUUUCUCCGCCGCUCUCGGCCCAGCCCAUCUCCUUCGCGCCGGAGGAGAUGGAGAAGUACUGGCAGCUGCAGCAGCAGGCCCAGCAGCACAUUCAGCAACAGCUGAUGGCCAGCAAGGCCAAGAGCAUGCCGCCCGUGCCCGUCAUGUCGCCGCAGGUGCCGUCGCCCACGCCCAUCAUCCAGCACGUGGCGGUGCAGCCCCAGCAGCAGCAGCACCCGGCCGUGUCCAUCUCGACGGUGCACCACACCCUCCUGCAGCACCACGCGGCGGCCGUGGCGGCCGGCCUGCACCCGCUCGCCGCGCACCACGCGCACCACGCCCACCACGCGCACCACGCCCACCACCACCCGGGCCAGAUGCAGAUGGCGCAGGUGCACGCGCUGCCGCAGCACCACCUGGCGCACAUCUCCCUGGCGCCGUUCCCCGCCCACCACACCUUCCAGACGGGCACGGGCGGCCUGGUGCAUGUGAUCCCCGCGUCGGCGCUGCACCCGACGCUGGCGCUGCACCCCAUGAGCAUGCACCACCACCACGCCACGGCGUUCGUGCCGGCCAUGCUGGCGCCCCACCACCACGCCUUCCAGUUGCACCCGCUCAUCCACCCGGCCGCGUUUGCCGCGCAAGACGUCCACCACCACCAUCAGCCGCCCUCGUCCUGAGGGCGACGGCCGGCGCCGGUCGCAAAGCAUACCGGCGCUCGUAAUUAACGCGACGUCGGCGCGCGGCCGGCGGACUUUGAGAGCGCGCGGACGAAGAUGGCAAUGCGUGAGAGGCAGGCGUCCUGCGGGCCCGACCGCGACGGACACGUGGUCUCUCUGUGUGUGUGCGUGCAUCCCGUUCGCAUCGGCGCGGUGGUCUCCGUGGCGCGCGUGACGUUAAGCGCCGUAGUCGCUGCCCCGUCCCCCACCCCCCCCCUGCCCUUGUCCCCUUCUCCUUAAGUUAUGCUCUUGCCCCCCUUGAUUUCUGUUGUGCCGUUUUCCGUCGCCCGGUAGAAAAGUUAAUGAACACAGAGUUAAAAAAAAACAAUGUAAAUGUCAAAGGUGAGUUUGAGAAUUGAGGAAUGGUGUGGCUGCCUGGCACCGUGCCUAUCGGGGAGACGAGGGUGGGGUGGGGACGAUGCCCGUCUCCGUCUCGGCGAAUGCUCCGUCACCUCGUGUUCGUUCCCCACGUCAUCGCGUCCCACGUGCCGUUCGUUUGAUGACGGUGCGUUCCUUCCCGUGUGGUGACCGCCACGAGGACUGGCCGUCAAUGUCCCACCACCCGCACCCCCCUCGCCGUCUUUGUCAAUGAACAGCUUCAUCGUUGUUUUAAACUCAUCGUUACUGUGAAGUGUAGGACGGUUGUGUUGGUUACUUUUUGUUUUGUUUGUGGGGUUUCUUUGCGUUGUUUUCUCGUAUUACGUCGGCGCCUGUGUGUGUGGCGCGUGGCCGUUGCUUUUAAACACCCGCAAGAGAGAGGAACCGUCGCGUCAUCCCGGCAAUAAUUUUGUAAUUCGCCCAUCUCAUCGUGCUGCGUUAUAUAUUAUCAGUGAAACGAUGUAUCAUUGUACGGUAAUACAGUAUGCAAACAAUGGAGCUGCUGCUGGCUUUUUGUAUAAUGUAGAAACUGCACAGUUGUAAAGUCUUUAAAACGUGUGUGAUGUUGGUGAUGCGUACUGUCCAUUUUUUCUAUAAUAGCCGACUUAUGCCCUGCCGUGUCAAACACUCGUUUAUCGUGACACGCGGUGGGGGGCGGGGGGACUUAAGUAUAAAUAUUAUUUUAAAGGUUUGUAAAAUUAUUGUAACUACUGUAAACCGCGGGGAGGUACAGGAGCCUUCGAGACAAAUGACCCUUCUAUUCGGCCGUUCCGCGUUGGAGCCUCAAAUGGAUCCCAUCUUACAAACCGCAAUCUCGUUCACAUUCACGAGAGGGGGGGGGGGGGGGCUCGCGGCUAAGGGAGCCGCCGCGUGUUUUGAUGCCAUUGAGCCCGACUCGCACUGCAGAUAUGUUGAAGAGAAAAUGUAUGUGCAAGGCCACGAUGGUUAGAAAAAAAAGAUUUUGUUUCAACCGGCGAUCUUUAUUGUGCGGGGUUUACGCCCACGCUGCACGAUCCUGCCGAGCCGCUACGACGAAUGGAGACCCGUAACGCACAAAUCCAAUCCGAUGACUUGCGGGCAGCGAUAGGCACUGCGUUGCUCUUUAUUUUCUGAACAAGAAACAAAAAGCAAAGUUUGGAGAUCCCUCGGCUUGAAAUGUUUUCUUUCGACACUGGGCAACAAUUGGGACUGCUUUGAACCCCCUCCCUACACAAUUGGAUAACGCUGAAAGGAAGUCCAGCACUGUUGGCACCGUAAUGAAAUUUCGCUCUGCCCUGCAAUCACAGUCGCUCGCGUGGCCACUUACAGCUGACAGUAGCUAACCCUAUUGCUCUAAAAGGGCUGUCUCGUACGGUUAAUGUAGUAAUGCCGGGCUCAUGAGGUGUUGCUAUGCGCGCACGUCUCGGCGUUCACCGAUGCAAUAAUAGCGCAGUGUAGCAGCGUUGGCAAAUGACGAGCGAAAAUCAAGUGGAAUCAGGAGCAGGGCAAGUAACUCGAUGAUGGGGCUACCCGUGGAAACUCGGCAUUAUGGGUGUUCGUCCGAAGGCUUUUGUAUCUCCCGGCAGCCUGAAAAAUGUCAUGGAAUACCUGCCAUGAAAUUAUCAUUCUGAGUUCUGUGUUCAUUGUAAAGGAAAUGUUUUUUCUUUUGUUAAUAAAAACAAAUGCUUUCACAAACGCUUUAACAAACGCAUGUGCGGCAACAAGGUGUUGAGUGGAUGUGUGGGGGGCCCUAAUGGAGCCUUGACAAAUACCGGGUUUCCUAUUUAUAUUUUUGAAUCGGUGCCGUUUAUUCAAAUAAAAGGGGUGUUUGUU